UUCUAUUUCCACUUCGACUCUUACAAUUUCACAGUCCAGCUAAGAAAACGAGAGAGCGCAGGCAAAUUCUCAAGCUCUCUCUUUUUCUUUCUCUUCGAUAGUUUUUCUCUUCUAUUUUCCUUCCACCCAAACAGAAUAUCUAUCUUUCUAGUUGCGUGAUCUCUUUGUCAAUUAUUGGAGUAGGGCUUACUUUUCGUUGUUUCUCUAAAUUCAUCGGAAUCGUUCGAAAGUUAAGUUGAGAUUCCUAAAGCUCGUUUUGUUCAUUGUAUUUUUGUAUUACAAGGGUUCGUAUUUGGUUCAGUCCACUCGGAAGGAUGUUCUUCUCAGGCGAUCCAUCGACUCGGAAGCGAGUCGAUUUGGGAGGCCGGAGCACGAAGGAAAGGGAUAGGCAGAAGCUUCUUGAGCAGGCUAGGUUAGAGCGGAACAAGCGAUAUAUGUUGCGGCAAAAGAACUCUGCUGCUACUAAAAUUCAAAAAUGCUUCAGGGGGAGAAAGGUAGUGGCUGCUGAACGUUCUAAGGUUCGAGAACAGUUCUAUGGAAAAUAUGGGAAACUUUGCCAAAAUGUGGACAGGAAUUGUUUUGGUUUGGAUUCAGAAUUUUUACGCCAGUUAUUUUAUUUCUUUGAUGCUCGAAAUGCUGUUGAUAUUGAAACCCUUAUGGAGAUAUGCCGAUUCCUUCAGCAAUUGGUCCAAGAUAGUGGGGAUAUUGUGAGCCUAUUUGCUGGCAUGGAGUACUCAUCCAAGCAUGCUUUGGUGGAUUACAGAGUGAAGCAACUUGCAUACUUAUGUAUUAAGGCUCUACAUCAAAAUAGACAUCAUUUAAAGAAUCAAAUUUUUGCCACACCUGAAGAGUCAAGCACAUGCACAACCAUGUUGUUAGAAACAGUGCACCUUUUGAUUGAUCCCAAACUUCCAUGGGCUUGCAAGACAGUUGGUUAUCUAUUGCUAAAAAAGGCAUUUUCCAUGUUUAGAGAGAUCAUUCUAACAGGAAAGGAGAACUUGGACAUUCAUACUUGCCUUAGCAAAGUGUCUUCGUUGGAACAAGUGCUUGUUCUCGUAAGCUCUCAUACUGGUCAAAAACCCUGUAUUUGCCCAAAUAUUGAUGCAAGAUGGAGUUUCUCAUCCCAGAUUCUUACUGUUCCUUUCCUCUGGAAGCUUUUCCCUGGUUUAAAAGAGGCUCUUGCGACAAGAGGUCUGUGCCAAGUUUACCUUCAUCAGAUGGCAAUCUACGUGCAAAAUCAUGCUAAUGUGCUUCCUAGUGAUGUAUCAAAUGAGUUUCCUGGUUAUGCCUGCCUUCUUGGAAAUAUAUUAGAAACUGCAGGACUUGCAUUAUCUCAGCCUGAUUGCGUUUUUGAAAUGGCUGUAGACCUUGCUGCUGUUACAACGUUCUUGUUGGAGACACUUCCUUCAAUGAAAUCUUUAAAUAGAGAAACUCAAGACAAUAUGCAGAUUGAUGACGAAGUCGUGGCAGGUGAUGAGCAAGUGGAAAUGGUUUUGAAUAGGGGUUUGGAGAAACAAAUUUGUAAUGCUAUUGAUCCACCCUUUCUUCUACAAUUUACAAAUGUUUUGUUUGGAGGAAUUUCAAAUGUCAAGGGUUUGCAUAAUGAUCCAGAUGACAGGGAGGUUGCAGCUGUUGGUGCAGCUUGUUCUUUUCUGCAUGCCACUUUCAAUGCAUUGCCUCUUGAAAUAAUUAUGACUGUGCUGGCUUAUAGAACUGAACUUGUUCUAGUGCUCUGGAAUUUUAUGAAGCGGUGUCAUGAGAACCAGAAAUGGAUGUCCUUGUCUGAACAUUUCUCAUAUCUUUUGUCGGGAGAUGGACCUGGUUGGCUCUUACCUCUGGCUGUUUUCUGUCCCGUGUACAAGCACAUGCUCAUGAUAGUUGAUAAUGAGGAGUUCUAUGAACAAGAGAAGCCACUUUCACUGGAGGAUAUCAGAUGCCUGAUUAUUAUACUAAGACAGGCCUUAUGGCAGCUUCUAUGGGUGAAUCCUACAACUCCUUCAAAUUCUGUGAGAUCUGUCAGCCACAAUAAUACUAUUAAGGGAAACCCAGUGGAAGUCAUUCAACACAGGGUUAGUGUUGUAGCCUCUGAGCUUCUCUCUCAGUUGCAAGAUUGGAACAACAGAAGGCAGUUUGCAUCUCCUAGUGACUUCCAUGCUGAUGGGGUCAAUGAGUUCUUUAUUUCACAGGCUGUAUUAGAAAAUACCCGUGCGAAUGACAUAUUGAAGCAAGCUCCCUUUCUUGUUCCUUUUACGAGCAGGGUGAAAAUAUUCGCUUCACAAUUGGCAGCAAUUAGGCAGAAGCAUAGUGCUCAUACUGUUUAUACCAGAAAUCGCUUUAGAAUACGGAGGGAUCACAUUCUGGAAGAUGCUUAUAAUCAGAUGAGUGCUUUAUCUGAGGAUAACCUUCGUGGACCGAUUCGUGUAACCUUUGUAAAUGAAUUUGGAGUUGAGGAGGCUGGCAUUGACGGUGGAGGGAUUUUCAAAGAUUUCAUGGAGAAUAUCACUCGAGCUGCCUUUGAUGUGCAGUAUGGGCUAUUUAAGGAAACAUCUGAUCACUUGCUUUACCCUAAUCCCGGUUCUGGAAUGAUACAUGAACAACAUCUCCAAUUUUUUCAUUUUCUUGGAGUUCUUCUGGCAAAGGCGAUGUUUGAAGGGAUUCUUGUUGAUAUACCAUUUGCAACAUUCUUCUUAAGCAAACUAAAACAAAAGUACAACUACUUAAAUGAUUUGCCUUCCUUGGACCCAGAAUUGUAUCGGCAUCUCAUUUUCUUAAAGCAUUACAAGGGGGACAUAUCGGAUUUAGAACUGUACUUUGUCAUUAUAAAUAAUGAAUAUGGAGAGCAAACACAAGAAGAACUACUUCCAAGGGGAAAAGAUUCACGUGUCACUAACGACAAUGUUAUUACAUUUAUUCAUCUAGUUGCUAAUCACCGAUUGAAUUUUCAGAUACGCCAACAAAGUUCUCAUUUUAUGAGGGGGUUUCAGCAGCUUAUACAAAAAGAUUGGAUUGAUAUGUUUAAUGAGCAUGAACUGCAGCUUCUGAUAUCAGGUUCACUUGCAAGCUUGGAUGUUGAUGAUUUACGAUCAAAUACCAACUAUGCUGGUGGCUAUCAUAGUGAGCAUUAUGUCAUUGAGAUGUUCUGGGAAGUUCUGAAAAGCUUCUCAAUGGAAAAUCAGAAGAAGUUUCUUAAGUUUGUGACCGGGUGCUCUCGAGGACCACUGCUUGGAUUCAAAUUUCUUGAGCCACUGUUUUGUAUACAGAGGGCGGCUGGGAGUGCUACUGAAGAAGCUCUUGACCGAUUACCAACAUCAGCUACUUGUAUGAACCUUCUAAAGCUUCCACCUUAUAGAAGCAAGGAGCAACUAGAAAAUAAACUGAUGUACGCAAUCAAUGCUGAUGCUGGUUUUGAUUUGAGCUGAGGGGUUUGUUCUCUCUAUUCACCUCCUACCAUUUCCAAAAUUUCUGCUCCAAUCAGUAUUUCAUGGACAGUUUUACAAGAAACCUUGUCUGGAAAAUCGUUUUCUCAUCAUGGUUGGAAGCGGCAGCUAGGACCCGCGAAUACUACCUAUCUUACCCAGACGGUAAAAGCAGACCCUAAAGCCCCCAAAUAGGAUUGGGAAAAUAUUUUCAUAUUUAUAUUUCUUGAUAGCCUCCUCAGUUAACAUGUCAAUAAUAUGUGGAGGGGUCAUCUGCUUUUCGGCAAGUAAUUAUUAUUGUAAAAAAAAAAAAUGGUUCAAAUUGUAUAUGUAAAAUUUCCCACAAUAUAUUUUUGUAAAUAAGAAGUUUGCAUUAUUUAUGAUA